CUUGACGCAACGGCAGCUUUCAGCGCUAGCCGUGCGACGCUCGACGCUAGCAUCGAGCGCUAGUACCGAACGGCAUCACUUAACGCGCUCUGCCGAAAAGCGCGUCUGGGGUCGGGCACGAGAACUCGGUUGACUUUUUGGUUCCUAAGGCUCGCUGUGUCGUUUUCCAUACUGUUGGACUGUGGUUGCUGCAUGGCUUAUACGUCUGCCGCUUUGUCCGCCCUUUCACGACCCUGUUGUUAAUCGCCGUCUCUUUAUUCCUGCGCCUGUCGUUGCGGCGGCGAACCUCGUCAACUUCACCUCUCGAUCUCACCCUCUCGACUUCACAACCCGCCUCGACGCGACCAUGUACCCCGAGGAUCCCAUAAUGUCGUCGUCGCCUCCGCCCGCCGCGAAUCGUACGCGCUCAAGCAGCCCAGACAAACAGACCUACGUCACCCAGCCUACCCAGCCCUUGCCCGCGCGCUCGCCGUACUUCGCCUCCGACGUGACGCAGCCCACGCAGCUGCUCACCCCGAAAGCGCACCGCACGCUGCCCAUCGAGCUCGGCACGUCCCCCGCACUGCAGGUCCCCCGCUCCUCGCCCGGGCUCGAGCGCUUCUCGUCGCCCGCCCACGAGCAGUCGCAGCCGCAGUACGCCCCGCGCCCGCACGGCUUCAACCCCAUGGCGCCGCCGGGCACGGGCUUCUACCCGCCCCAGGCCGUCCGCAAGCCUGUGUUCGACCUCACCUCGGACGACGCGCCCGUCGAGCGCGACCCGGACGAGGACGAGACGUCGUUCCGCUCCAACAUCCCGCUCAGCAAGGUCGAGAUGGGAACCCGUGCGCUGCGCGUCGAGGAGACCCCGCCCAAGCCGGCCAGCUGGGAUCUCUCGGGCUAUGCGUACACGGUCGUACAGCAGGCGUCGCGGAAGCGCGGCGGUGAGUUCAGUCAGAGUCCGCCGUCGAAGAAGGCCAAGCCGUUGCCGCGUCAGGGCGGGCCGAGUCGCGCGAUGCCUGUGGCUGAAGAGAGGGAAAUGGCAUUGAGUGACAUCCACGACUUUGAUCUGAGGCGGAAGACUACGAGGCUGCAGGUCAUUUUCGGGAGCAAGCCAAUCAGUGUGCUUUACGAAGCACUUGUCCGUAAGAAGGGCCACUUUGAAGACGCUUCUUCGUAUCUCUUGGAGCAAGAUUCGGACGAUGAGCUGCUCAAGUCGCCGCAGAUUGGCGUCGCUCAGCGUAGCGCCAGCACCGCAGAGCCCAAGAAGACGGCGCAGCGGAAGCUGAAUGCGCCCGUCAAGUCGCUGAUGGACAAGUACUCGAAGCAGGCACCCACGUACAACACGCCGAGCGCAACGGCGAGCCCUACAACUACAGACGCUGAGCAGCCGAAGAAGCGCAGGCUUAUACGUGGGCGGCGCAAUUUUCAGCCCGAGAGUGACGACGAGCCUAUGACACCACCGCGGCCACAGACCAAGGUCUCAAAACCCCCAGCGCAGGCGCCAAUCGUGGUGUCUGAUGACGAGGAUGAGGGGAUCAUUGCCAUCUCUGACAACGACUCGGACGCCGGUGUGGCAUCGGAGAAGGAGCACACGUUCAGCGAGGACAAGCUGCUGGAUUUCUUCAACGAGUGCUCGGUGGAGGCCAUGAUCGAUUUGUCUAAUCACAAAGAGGAGGAUAUUGCCGAGCUGCUGAAACAGCGGCCUUUCAAGUCCCUCGACGCAGUCCGGAAGGUCCACGUCGACGCGAAGGCGAAAGAAGAGCAGGAGAAGGGCAAGAAAAAGGCACGCAAACCCAGGAUCACGUCUGGUGCCCGGCUCGUUGAGUCUGCCGAGGAGAUGUGGGACGCCUACUCGACCAUCGACUCGGUCGUCAAGCAGUGCGAGGGUCUUGGAAAGCCGAUGGUGGCCGGCAUGGCUCGCUGGGGGAUUAACAUCUUCGGCGCCUCGACGGAUGGCGAAGUUGAUGCGGUUGCGCUGGACGACAGCAGUGACACCAGCUCGACCCGCGACUCGGGGUAUCACACACCGAAGAGUGGUCACGGCAGCGACAAUGAGACCGAUCUCCGCAAAACGAGCAGCAAGCUUAAGCUCCUGAAGCAGCCGGCCAUCAUGAACAAGGAUGUUGAGCUGAAGGACUACCAGGUUGUUGGCUUGAAUUGGCUCAAUCUGCUCUGGCAGAAUGGCAUCUCCGGAAUUCUAGCCGAUGACAUGGGCUUGGGCAAGACGUGUCAAGUCAUCGCAUUUCUAUCGCACCUCAAAGAGCAGGGAGAAGGGCGGCCGACGCUUAUCGUUGUUCCUGGAUCGACCCUUGAGAACUGGUGUCGUGAGUUCGAGCGCUUCUCGAGCAAAGUCAACUUCACACCGUACUACGGAUCGCAAGCCGAGCGAUUCGAAUCGCAAGACACCAUCCGCGAUAACAUCGAGACGGGCAACUGCGACGUCAUAAUCACGACCUACGACCUGGCAUACAGGAAGGAGGACAACGCGUUCUUGCGCAGGUGCAAGCCCCAGAUCUGCAUCUUCGACGAGGGCCACGUUUUGAAGAAUGCAAAUACGGCGCGAUACAAGAGCUUGAUGCGCAUCACGCCCAAGUGCAGGAUCCUCCUGACGGGCACGCCGCUGCAGAACAGUCUGCAGGAGCUCAUGUCUAUUCUGGGCUUCCUCAUGCCAGAUGUCUUCUAUGACAAGCAGGACGACAGCGUGCAGGAGAUGCUGCAGAUCUUGUUCAAGCACAAGGCGAAGGUCACCGAGAGUACCUCCCACAGCACGCUGCUCUCGGCACAGCGCGUACAGCGCGCUCGGACUAUGCUGACGCCCUUUAUCCUCCGCCGCAAGAAGGCGCAGGUGCUGAAGCAUCUUCCAAAGAAAACGUGCCGUGUCGAGUACUGUGAGCUCACCGACACACAGAAGACGCUGUAUAACGAACAGUUGCAGAAGCAGCGCAAGAUCCUUCUUGAUCGCGCUGCCGGCCUCCUCGUUAAAGAUCACGCCAACGUCAUGAUGAAGCUGAGGCAAGCUGCCAUCCACCCCCUGCUCUUCCGCCACCGCUACACUGACGACAAGAUCCGGAAGAUGUCCAAGGCCUGUCUGCGCGAGGAGACGUUCGCCGAGAGCAACCCCGACAUCAUCUACGAAGAACUACAGCUGUACCAGGACUAUCAAUGCCACCACCUCGCCCUCAAAUACCCGCGCGCGCUCAAGAAAUUCGAGCUGAAAGACCGCGAAUGGAUGGACAGCGGCAAAGUCCAAACCCUCCUCAAACUCAUCAAACAAUACCAAGCCAACGGCGACCGCGCCCUGGUCUUCUCGCAGUUCACCAGCGUCAUGGACAUCCUCGGCUGGGUCUUCGACGACGCCGACAUCCCCUUCAUGCGCAUGGACGGCAGCACGCCCAUCGCCGAGCGCCAGGGCCUGCUCGACGUGUUCCACGGCGACGCCGGCAUCCCCGUGUUCAUGCUCAGCACCAAGUCGGGCGGCGCGGGCAUCAACCUCGCGUGCGCCAACAAGGUCGUCGUCUUCGACGGCUCGUUCAACCCGCAGGACGACGUGCAGGCCGAGAACCGCGCGCACCGCGUCGGCCAGACGCGCGAGGUCGAGGUCGUGCGCCUCGUCACCGCGGGCACCGUCGAGGAGCAGAUCUACGCGCUCGGCGUGAGCAAGCUCGAACUCGACAAGAUGGUGCAGGGCGAGGAGGCCGAGGACGCGCCGCCCAAGGGCCGCAAGAAGGGCGCCGUUGCGACGGGGAGUGGCACCGCGACGCCCGCGCUUACCAAGGCCGAUCAGGCGGGCAUCAGCGCCGUCGAGGCUAUGCUGCUGCAGCAGAUGGUCGACCAGGGCGAGAAGGUUGAUGUCAAGGACGCGUUCCGGAUGGGGCUGGAGAGCGCGGGGCUGGACGUGGGCGCCUAGGUGACGGCACAGCGACGCUGAUUUUCUGUUGGUGUUCUUUGGCCGUUGGUGCGACUUGGCCGUUGGUGCGACUUGGCCGUUGGUGCGACUUGGCCGUUGGUG